AUGUCAAUUAGCGAAUCAUGUCCUAGCUAUAGUUCAUUUUUUGGAUUUGCGGGAGUAACUGCAGCGAUGACUUUAUCAUCCAUUGGUGCUGCUUAUGGGACAGCUGUUUCAGGAAUGGGGAUUGCAGGCAUUGGACAGUUCAAACAAGAGCUAAUUAUGAAGAGUUUUAUUCCAGUUGUCAUGAGUGGAAUAAUUGGUGUAAUAAUUUUGAAAGUAUAUGGGCUUGUCAUAUCUGUACUAAUAGCAGGAAAUCUUUCACCUAUGAAAAAUUAUUCGCUUUUUGAUGGAUUAAUACAUCUUGCUGCUGGUCUCUGUGUAGGAAUGACGGGAAUGGCAUCUGGUUAUAGCAUUGGUAUUAUUGGAGAUAGUGGUGUACGCUCAUAUAUGCGCCAACCAAAAAUAUUUGUUUCUAUGGUAUUAGUAUUAAUAUUCUCUGAAGUAUUAGGUCUUUAUGGACUUAUUGUUGCUCUCAUUUUAAGUAAAGUACAUCUUUUAUUUAUAUUUAUAUAA